AUGAAACCAGAUGAUAAAUUGGAGUUGGAGCAAUGGGAACAAAAUGAGCAGCGUGUUAUGGUGUGGUUGUUGGGGUCAAUGGAGCCUUUAGUUCGUGAGCAGGUUGAGAACCUACAAACUACAAUAGAAGUGUGGAAGGAAAUUGGGCAGCAACUCUCUGGCAAAACAAACAAGAUGCAAGUGACAAGGGUGCUCCAUGAGAUGAGAAAUCUUAAACAAGAAGAGAGGUCUAUAAUAGAUUAUGCCGGUGAGCUGAAAAGGUUAUACAAAGACCUUGAGUUCUUUCAUCCUUUCAAGUCUAAUGAUCCAAAAGACUUAGCUCUUCUUCAUGAAUGGUUUCAGCCCAUUCUUGUUCAAACCUUUUUGGAAGGGCUAAACAAAGAGUUUGAUCUUCGAAGACAAAUGAUCUAUUCAGCUCCGGAUUGGCCCACCCUUGAUGAAGCAGUAUCUAGUGUUCUCGAAGAGGAGACUCGGUUAUCAAACCAAAUCGUGACCCCACAUGCAAGUGCUGACACUCAUGCUGCUCUCUCUUCACAGGCUCAUACUACAUCUUUUGUUGCUUAUAACAAUGAUCAAGCAAAUACUACUAAGUUUGAGUACAUGAGGAAACCAAAGGUAGUAUGUGAUCACUGCAAGCAAACUGGCCACAUAAAGAAAAAUUGUUUUGACCUAAUUGGAUAUCCACCUGGGUGGCAGCAACGAAAUGGCCGGCUCAAGUUUGGUGAUGCCCUAGGGAAGAAGAAAGAUUGUGUGCAUCUCACUUCAUCCACAAGUGAAUUAUCAAUGGCAGCUGCACAAGCUCUCGAGGAAUUUAAAUCAAAACUCUUAGCUGUGUCCAAUGAAGUUCCUGCUGGCUCUGUGUCUAGUUACCAUGCAUCUCAAGGAUCUGAAGACAGGGAAGGUACUUGGGACUGGCACCGAGCGUGA